UAACCUCUUUAUUCUUGAAGUACGUGUUAUUACAGUACACGUAAAAAUGAAAGGUACAAAAGCGAAAGGCUAACUGCAAUUCUAUUAUUUUGUUAUACUGCACUCGCUGUUAUAGCCUUGACGUUAUUUUUUGAAUGAAAGUGUAAUCCCUGUGUUCUGCUUUUAAUUAUGGCCGAUUCACAAGAAUUACUACUACAGCAAAUUAAAGAACAAGGUGAACUAGUAAGAAAAUUGAAGGCUGCAAAGGAAUCGAGCGAAAAGGCCUGCGUGUCCAACAAAGGCAGUCCACGAAAUCAGUAUGAUUUAGCUGAAAUCGACACCCAUUUUUCACAACACAGUUACAUUUGCGGCUAUACGCCUACCAAUUGCGAUGUGAUACUUGCUAAAGACUUAGAAAAAAUAGAUUUUCGAAAAUACAUAUAUAUCCGGAGGUGGUGGAACCAUAUGCGGAGCUUCAGCGUAGCUGAAGUAACACAAUUCCCUAUUGUUCAACCUCCUGACGUUAUGAACUCAAAACCAAAAGGCGUUACUUUAUCUAUUGAAGUACAGAUAAAGGAAGAGGUAGCAAAGUUAUUAGCCCUUAAAGCCCAGCUCGCUCCAGAAGAUGCCGCUCCACAGAAGUUCACCCUCAAAACGCCGAAGGGAACACGGGAUUACACUCCGCAGCAAAUGACCAUAAGAAAUGAGGUUUUGCAGAAGAUUAUAACGGUUUUCAAGAGGCAUGGCGCUGAAUGUAUUGACACACCUGUUUUUGAAUUGAAGGAAGUAUUAACAGGCAAAUAUGGCGAGGACUCCAAACUAAUCUACGACCUAAAAGACCAAGGGGGCGAGAUCCUCUCGCUGCGGUACGACCUGACAGUUCCGCUGGCGCGCUACCUGGCUAUGAGCAAGAUCAACACGUUGAAGCGCUACCACAUAGCGAAGGUCUACAGAAGGGACAACCCGGCCAUGACUAGGGGGAGAUACAGGGAAUUCUAUCAAUGUGAUUUCGACAUCGCAGGCCAGUACGACCCGAUGGUGCCCGACGCGGAGUGCCUCCGAGUGGUCUCCGAGAUCCUGGACGCGCUGGACAUAGGCCGCUACGUGCUGAAGGUGAACCACCGCCGGCUGCUCGACGGCAUGUUCGAGGCCUGCGGGGUCCCCGCCGACAACUUCCGCGCUACCUGCUCCACAGUCGACAAACUGGAUAAGUUGUCAUGGGAGGAAGUGCGAACGGAAAUGAUAAACGAGAAGGGCGUAACUCCGGAAGCGGCGGACAAAAUCGGCGAAUACGUCAGAUUGAACGGCGGGACCGAACUCGUCGACAAACUGCUCAAAGACGAGAAACUGUCUAAAACUAAAGCGGCCGUCGAAGGCCUUGAAGGCAUCAAGCUCUUGCUCCACUAUUGUGAACUCUUUGGCAUUAAGGAUAAGAUCCUUUUCGACUUGAGUUUGGCGAGAGGGCUCGAUUACUACACUGGAGUUAUCUAUGAAGCUGUUUUAACUCAACCGAUCAAAGUAGGCAAUGAGGAGCAGACCGUCGGAUCGAUCGCUGGUGGUGGACGAUACGAUAACCUCGUUGGAAUGUUUGAUUCUAAAAAUAAACAGGUGCCGUGCGUGGGCGUGAGCAUCGGCGUGGAGCGCGUGUUCUCGGUGCUGGAGGCGCGCUUGGCGGCGGGCGCGCGGCGCGUGCGCGCGGCCGACGUCGACGUGUACGUGGCCUCCGCGCAGAAGAACUUCCUGGACGAGCGCAUGAAGAUCUGCGCCGAGCUCUGGAGCGCCGGCAUCAAGGCGGAGCAAUCAUAUAAGAAGAACCCAAAAAUGCUGAACCAACUGCAACACUGCGAGGAGGCGGGUAUCCCCCUGGCGGUGGUGCUCGGCGACGACGAGGUGAAGCGCGGCGUCGUCAAGAUCCGCCACGUCGCCUCGCGCGACGAGUGCGAGGUGCCGCGUCACCAGUUGGUGGACGAGCUGCAGGCGAGGAUAGCCGCGCUCAACACUACCCUCAAUGGAAAUAAAUAAUCUUUUUUUGUAUGUUCUUUGAAUUUGAUUCUCAGAUUCAUCAAGGAUUUGUUGUGUAAUUUACAUGGGUCUUGUGUGCCGAAAUGUUUACUGUAAAAUGUGACUUUAGCUCCCCACUGGGUAAUUGUGCUCCAACAGCUUUUAACAUAUAUCACCUCAUUUAAGUGCUACAACAAGAUAGUAAGGCUCUGCUUUAACUCGGCAUAUAACAUCAACAAUUAUUACUAUAUUACGGUAGGUAGGUACCUACCGCAAUAUAGUGAUUAUUGAAAUUUAAACUAAAUUUCGAAUCUUGGAGUAAAAUAGGCACAUUUUACUGUAACUUAUUUCAUGAUGCCUUCGUGCAAGUUAACGACUUAUUAUACUUGCCAAACGAGUCUACUACUAGAUAACAUGUCAAAUUAGAGAUAUUUAGUUAAAUUAUGUUGAUGGAGUUGAGAAUCAGUUCUAAGAUUAGCUAGCCUGAUUUGUGUAGCGUGUUCGGAGGCUAAAGCAUUUGUCCUGAACUAGUAAAUAUGUAAACCAAUGGACAUGCAAUUUUUGUGCUACUGAUCCUAUACCUCUUGCGUCAAAUAAUGGUCCCUAUCCUAUGAUAAUUCCUUCAAGUUUCUUUUGGUUGGGCAUUUUAAAGAUAAUAAAUUAAAGUUAUUAGUAUUACCGUAUUUUUAGUUUAUGAAAUAAACUACCAAAAAAUGUCUACAAAUGUUUUAUUCUGACAGCAGGGCCCAGUUUUAUAAAAUUACAAGUUACAGGUUACAAGAGUACAGGCUACAGGCACCUGUAAUGCACUGUGAACGGCUACAGGUGUUUUAUAAAUACACAUAAAUUAUUACAGUUGUAAAGAACCACGGUCAAUCUCGAUUACAUGUGAAAUCUACAGGUGUGAAGGACAUCACUAUUUUAAAAAAAACGUCUGUCAUAGAUACUCGGUGCUCUACUAAAUGAUGUGUUUUUGUUUGCUGUAAAAUAUUAAUUACUGGAAAAAUGGCCAGAAAUGAAGGAAAAAUCGAGUGGGAGAGCGGCGAUCCAUGCCAAGGAUAUACUUUUUGGGCCGUUUUCAGAUUCAGAUUAAGUUAGAUUUCAUGAAAUAUUUACCUAAUAAGAAAAUAACAUGUAAAUAAGUACUCUUUCACAUUUUUACAUGUAUCGUUUCGGUAGCGGCUCAAAGAUAAAUACGCUGUGUAUCGAAAAUUAUGAAUAGUACACUUUACCAUAAUGUGAAUGCACUAUAAUACUUAAAUAAAGAGACGAAUGCUAAUAAAUCAACGACAAAAUAUAUCGGGAAUAAUCCCUUUCCAUUUCCAAGUAGAUAAAAUAAAACGAAUCGUCAAUAAAAUCAGUAUCAAACAUAUUGUCACUUUAUUUCCUAUUUACUAUAUAUUACAGAUACAUUAACAAAAACUAAUAAGGUCAGUGCAUGGAAAAGUAUGCAUGCCCUGGCACAAUCGUUGGCGUUGGUGCUUAACAAUAAAGAGUAAAGUUUAAAAUCUCUCAGAAAACGAGUCUACAAGUAACUGCUGUUGUGCUGUUACAGGACUCAAGACGUAUGUAAGUUUUUGUUACAAGUGUACCAAUCUACACUUGUAAUUUACAAUAUUUUUAUAAAACGCUUGUUCGAUUAUGAGUUUAAAACUAUAAAACUCCCGUAUUUUCAUCUAUGGUUGAGCUACAGGCACUUGUACCUGUAACUUGUAAAAUUGUAACACAGUACUUUUAUAAAACGCAAAUUGUAAAAAACGGAGCAAGUGUUGCCAGUAAACGCCUGUAAACUUGUAACUUGUAACUUUAUAAAACUGGGCCCUGGUCCAUAUUAACUGCCAUAGGGACCAUCAUCCGACGGUAUAAUUUACAAGACGUAUAGUUUCUAUCAGCUGAAGACACCAAAAAGAAAAUUUAAUUAUUCGCUGUGAUAUCAUGAAAUGAAUGUGUUAAAACGUAUUCAAAUUUAAAUCCCUUUUUCAAACUACUCGUCAAUAAAACAUCCCUUGUAUACAUGACUGGUAACACAGAGUAAAGUUUUCUUGUGGACUGAAUAAUGUUUUAUACUUACGAUUUCUAUCGUUCGUUGGCAUAAUUUAUUUUCAUUUAUUUACGCGUGGUCUGACUCGCACUUGGUCGGUUUUUAUUUUAUCAUUUUGGGUACAAAAAAAAUCUAAUUACAUAUUUUUAACAAGUGAAUGCGUAUCAUUUAUCAUACUUUCGAAAGCAUUUAAAAUACUUGUAAUAUUUAUUUUAGAAUGUAAGUUGUGCUAUGUGCAUUUUGGUUUUCAAGAUCUAAAUACCUAAAGCUGUAUGUUACUUAUUUCUGUUACCUACAUAUUUUAUACAGGUUGUGUUGUCUUAACUCAAAUAGUUUUAGAAUGCUAAAAGUUACUAGAACCGCAAUAGUAUUUUGUAUAUGUGUGAAAUAAAUGAUACUGAUUUCAA